GGCCCCGCACAGGGAGACCUCUCUGUGAAGCAGAGCUGAGCUGUGCUGACACCAAAAUACUGCAGAAGACCAAACAAGAGCAUACUGGUGUAGCUCUCAGUGUACAGAAUCUGGACUGUGGAUACCUUCUCCUCCCUGAGCUGACGAAUAAGACUUCUUUCCCCUGGACGCUGGACAGUCGAUCUGAACUGCUCCUUACUUCUACACUUCUCUAUUGCUCCUGAAGAUUUUGUUUUUUCUCUUUUUGUGUGUCUGAAGUGAUCAGGAUGCUUAUCCCUGUUACUGUGCAACAGAUCAUUUCCACCCUGUUUGUGCUCAGCAGUGCUGCAGUAACGUCUGCAGAGAGUGAGUGUCCAGCUCAAUGCUCCUGUGCCUCCUCACCUCCGCUCUGCCCGCUGGGCAUCAGCUGGGUGACAGACCACUGUGGCUGCUGUAAGAUCUGUGCUCGACAGUUCAAUGAGGACUGCAACGCCACCAAACCCUGUGAUCACAUCAAGGGGCUACGCUGCCAUCUUGGGGCUGGAGGAGACCCCAAGAGAGGACUGUGUCGAGCUGAGGCCCAGGGUUUGCCCUGCGAGUUCAGCGGGCGGGUGUACCAGCACGGCGAGGACUUUCAGCCCAACUGUCAGCACCAGUGCACCUGUAUGGAUGGGGUGGUGGGCUGCAUGCCCCUCUGUCCUCAACAAGUGCCUCUACCCACCUGGCGCUGCCCAAGGCCCCGGCUGGUCAGGCUUGAGGCCCGGUGCUGCGAGGAAUGGGUGUGUGACGACGACAACCACAUCAGUGAGGAGCCAGACGAGUCGACACACACCUCCCGACGAGACAACCAGCACCUUCCCAACCACAUCAGUGCCUUGCUGCAGACCAGAGGGACCCCGUUCAGAGAGAUGGUGUCCUUCCCCAUGUCUGAGGUAUUGAUCAAAUCCACCUGUUUCCCACAAACCACCACAUGGACUGAGUGUUCCACCACAUGUGGGAUGGGCGUUUCUAGCCGUGUGACCAAUGACAACCCAGACUGUCGGCUGCUCAGAGAAACCAGACUGUGCCAGGUCCGACAAUGUGAGCUGCAGCCUCCAGUAGCUAACAAGAAGGGGAAGAGGUGCCAGCGAACUGUACGCCCCCAGGACCCAAUCCGAAUCACCUUUGCUGGAUGCUCAACAGCACAGCAGUACCGCCCUCGCACCUGUGGGACUUGCACCGAUGGCCGCUGCUGCACGCCGUCCCUCUCCCGGACCGUGAGACUUCAUUUCCACUGCCCCGAUGGAGAGGGUUUCUACAGGAACGUCAUGUGGAUACAGCGGUGCAGUUGCAGUACAAGCUGCCAUUCAAACAGCAGGCCCUCUAGCCCUUCAGUCAGUCUCCACAAUGACAUCCACACCUUCAGGCACUGAGGCUGACUCAUCAUGCCCGGCUCUGACCUGGCAAGCUGGGGUGAACACUCUGCACCUACCUACACCCACUGUCUCCCAUUUAGACAGAGGGUUUACGUGUGUUGCCUCCAACCAGGUGACACACUUGCUUGCACUUUAAGCUUCCUGCCAUGAUGAGAGUUUGCCCACACAAGAGUUGUGUUAGCUCUGAUAGUGGGGCAGCACUGAGGAAAACACACAGUAUGCUACUGUGUUAGACUGCUGGCAGAGAGUUUUUAUUUGUAUUUAUUUGUAACUUUGUGUAAUCUCCACAGACAACAACGCAACCAUCUGUAACGCAACCAGUAAGAAGCUUGUUUAGAGACAGAGACAAAUAUUUUUUUUCUAAUGAGAAGAAGUAGAUGACAUAAGACGUAUUCAUUAGUGACUAUAGGGCUCAGUAUGUCCUGUCCUUUGUCGAACAGUGUUUUCUACACAUGUUGUUUCUGUGUGAGUGUGUGUGUGUGUGUGUGUAGUCCUAUUGGUCUGUUUUAAGAAUGAGAUACUUAUAUUGCUCAUUAUGCUACACACAGUAUAUAGAUUAAGACAUUUGAUGUAUAUAGACUUCACUCUUACUUGUGGAGUGGUAAAUUCUUGGAUCACCUCAUUUUUCGGGGUGUGAUUGUGCUGAUUUUGUGUGUGUGUGUGUGUGUGUGUGUAUGUGCGUGCGUGUGUGUGUGUAUGUCUGUGUGUCCUUCAGAUUGUACAUACAAUGCUUUAUUUGAAGAGAAAAAAUUAUGCUAUAUGUUUAGGAUACGGUAUACAAAUUCGUCCAUAAACUCCUGUGAAUACAUAUAAUAAAAACUUAUCAACCUGU